AUGCAAAAGCUAAAAGUUGGUGAUCGAAUUUUGCUUGAAAAGGAUUUAUGUACAAUAAGAUAUAUAGGGUCUAUUGAUCAAUGGCCAGGUAUUACAACUUUUGGUGUCGAAUGGGAUGAUUCUACUAGAGGAAAACAUUCAGGGAUCUACAAAGGCACACAACUCUUCCAUACGUCUGUGGAUGGAGCUGGUUCCUUUAUGAAGGAAUCUACACUAAUUAGCAAGUUGGUUCAAAAUAAAAAUAUUUGGAAUGCAUUAGAUGAAGUAUAUGGCACUCCUAAUGUAUCUGACUCGGAUAUUCAUGAUAUAGCAUUUAAUAAUAAGCAUGUGGAAUGUGUUGGUUUUGGCAAUUUGAAUAAUAAAAACAGAGAUUUUGCAAAGUUAGAAGUGAUUUCUUUAAAUAGGAGGGCAAUCAGUCGGUUAGGUGUUAAUGAUAGCAUAAACACUAAAAAGUGUUUAAAUGUGAAAAGCUUAGAUCUAGGUUAUAACUGUUUUACAAAUUUGGCAACUGAAUUAAGUACUUUUCUAGAAUCAUGUCCAAAUUUGCAAGAGUUAAACUUAUCAGGAAAUAGAUUUUUAUUAGAACAAGAAAUUCCAAUAAUUAAGCCUAUAAAACAUGUGAAAAGAUUAUAUUUAACUUCAUGUCAUGUUAAGAAGAAUUUAUUAAGCAUUAUUUUUAAAUUAUUCCCUAAUUUAGAAUUUCUAGAUCUUAGCUUGAAUGGAUUGAAUGAAGGUGAUUUUUCCAAUAUUACUAUUCCAAUAACUUUGAAAUCAUUAAUAUUGAAUAAAAAUGAUCUCCAAACAAUUCCACUAAGCAUUUUUAAUUCAAAUAUACAGGAUUUAGAUGUUUCGGAGAAUAUGAUCGAACAGGAUAUUCCAAACAAUACUGGUACAUUAAAUAAAAUACAGUCUCUCGAUAUUACUAAUAACAAAUUGAAAGCUUGGUCUACAUUAGAUAAAAUAAAUGUGGUGUUCCCAUUCCUGAAGUCAAUUAAAUUAAAUAAUAAUCCUAUAGUUGGUGUUAUGGAAAAGGUUGUUUCUACACGACAGGAUUUGGAUCCCAUGUUUUAUCAGAUUAUUGCUAGAUUACAACGUAUUCAAUAUAUAGAUGGUUUUUUUGUUUCUAAGACAAUUAGAGAGUUGGCAGAAUCGUAUUUUGUAUUACACUCCAAAGAAAAAAAGUACUCAAUGGAUCACAAGUUGGAAAGGUGGCAAUGGUUACAAUCUCACUUUUCUAAACAAACUAAAUUGUCUGUCAGUUGUCUUGAUGAUGAUAACGACGAUGAAACAUUCCUAUCAAAUUCUUUAAUUCAAAUAAAUAUUAAAAAUAUACAGGGGCUAGAAGAAUUUAAAUUGCAUGUAUUAGAUACAUGGACUUUAAGAACCCUUAAGGGGAAAGUUGCCUCAUUAACUUUCAAAAACAUUCUUUCUUUGAAAUUGUUCAUUAUGGAUAAUUCUGAUAAUAGAAAACAAUAUUUGGAGAAAGAGUUUCUCAAAAUAAAGGACAACUAUCUAACUUCUGGUAGUGAUGUAUAUUACGAAUAA